AUGAGCAACUAUCCAGUUCCCCCCCCUGCCUAUGGUCCGACAGGCUCGAAUAAGACCACAAAUUAUCAUACCAUACAAGAAGAAUCUCGUGAACCUCUUCUAGCCGGCUCCAGUCGCAAUGGCGGCACUGGUGGAUACUAUGACCAACCAGGCGAGGGAGACCUCCCUGAUGACUUCAAGUAUGGUGUUUCGGUCUCUGAGAGCUCUCCUGAGAUUCGUAAUGCCUUUAUUCGCAAAGUCUAUAUGAUCCUUCGUGAGCAGGGUGCAACGACAGUCCUUGGUGGACUCAUCUCCCAAUCGCCCGAGGCCAUCUUUUGGGUUCAAACACAUACAUGGAUUUUCUAUAUAACAUUGAUUGGCACCCUCGUCAACUUGGGGCUUCUUUAUUGGAAACGACACACCCACCCAUGGAAUCUUGUCUUAUUGUCCACGUUUACCCUUUUGGAAGCCUCUACUCUUGGUGUCGCAAUUUCAUUUUAUCAAACCACACUCGUUCUCCAGGCUUUGCUUAUCACCACCGGCGUCUUCUUGGGAUUGUCGUUAUUUACUCUGCAGUCCAAGUAUGAAUUUGACGGAAUGGGGCCAUUCCUAUUCGGUGGUUUGAUGGCUCUCUGUAUGACUGGUCUCGUUGGCAUCUUCAUCCCAUUCAGUCGCACGAUGGACCUUGUUAUGGCAAUUGGGGGCUGCCUCAUCUUCAGUGGUUACAUAGUCUAUGACACGUAUAUCAUCAACAAGCGUUUGUCGCCGGAUGAGUAUAUCAUGGGUUCAAUCAGCCUCUAUCUUGAGUAA